AUGAAGCUGUUAAUUCCUAUAGCGGUUCUUAUAGUUUUGGUGAAUGCUGCUCCUCACGUUGAAAAUGACAGAGAUUAUGGAAUUAGGGAUAAAGUUCAAACAAAAUUAGACGAAUACUUACAAUUCGCUAAAAACAAGAUUAAAGAAUUUGGUGAUACAAUUGGCCUUGGCGAUACUAAAAACCCCGAGGAGGUUUCGUCUGAAGUACCCGAUUCACCAGAAAAUCCAGAUCCAGUGCUGAUCAUAAAUAGCGGAAAAACCAAAUUAUUUCUUUGGGAUCUUCCAAAGCUAUCGGAAAGUGAAAGUUCCGAAUUUUCCACUACGAAAUCCGACAAAGGGAGUACUUUAGCACCAGAAGAACCAGAAAACAAAGUUGACGUUAACAAAUCUACAGAGACAAGUUCGACUAUUACGGAAGCUCCAGCUGCAACAAUUUCCACUACAGCACAGACAUCCUCUGAAGAAUCCAGUAAGGAACCUACAGCGUAUCCAAACGAUUCCAUUAUAGUGGGAGCACUAAAAUCUUCUGAAAAAUCCGAUGAGACAUCUGCAUUACAGCCAAAUAAUUCGGAAUCAGCUGAAAUCGUAAAUGACGAAAUUUCGACAGACCAAUCUACACAAUCAACUUCUUCAACUACCGAACCAUCUACAUCUUCAAAAACCCAGGAACCUUUAUUAAUAGACGACGAGAAAAAGACUCAAUCAACAGAAGAACCAAAAUACACAUCUACAGAGGCAAGUGCGAUAGUUACGGACGCUUCCUCUACAACAACUUCCACUACACCAGAGACUUCUUCUACUUUUGCAGCUUCUACGAACGUACCCUCUACAAAUGUGGGACCUUCAUACCCAUCUAGUUCUUCACAGCCUCCUAAUACAGACCAAAAACCCAGUAAGCAAUCUAAGAAGAAACCUUCAAAUCGAAAUCCAUUCCUUCAUUUUGAAAAGUCUAGGUCGCCAAGUAAAAAAGUACCACUUGUUGUACCCCCAGCAGUUACUUCAAAACCUGUACUUAAUUCUAACAUAGAAGCAGCUUCUACAACUGCAGGAGAAGGAUCGUUUGAUAAACCUAAUGAAGUCGGUUCGAAAUCGAAAGAACAUUCAUCUGAAACAAUUUCGAAUGAAAAUAUUGAGCCAUCUCAAAUUGAAGAACCUAUUGAUACAUCUAAUGAGGUCGAUUCCAAAUCCAAAGAACCUUCAUCUGAAACAGAAGAACCUGUUGAAACAUCUAAUGAAGCCGGUUCGAAAUCCAAAGAACCUUCAUCUGAAACAAUUUCAAAUGAAAAUAUUGAGCCAUCUGAAACAGAAGAACCUGUUGAAACAUCUAAUGAAGUCGGUUCGAAAUCCAAAGAACCUUCAUCUGAAAUAGUUUCGAAUGAAAAUAUUGAGCCAUCUGAAACACAAGAACCUGUUGAAACAUCCAAUGAAGUCGGUUCGAAUUCCAAAGAACCGUCAUCUGAAACAAUUUCGAAUGAAAAUAUUGAGCCAUCUGAAACAGAAGAAUCUGUUGAAACAUCUAAUGAAUUCGGUUCGAAAUCCAAAGAACCUUCAUCUGAAAUAGUUUCGAAUGAAAAUAUUGAGCCAUUUGAAACACAAGAACCUGUUGAGAAAUCUAAAGAAGCCGGUUCGAAAUCCAAAGAACCUUCAUCUGAAAUAGUUUCGAAGGAAAAUAUUGAGCCAUCUGAAACAGAAGAACCUGUUGAGAAAUCUAAGGAAGUCGGUUCGAAAUCCAAAGAAACCUCAUCUGAAACAAUUUCGAAUGAAAAUAUUGAGCCAUCUGAAACAGAAGGACCUGUUGCAACAUCUAAUGAAGUCGGUUCGAAAUCCAAAGAACCUUCAUCUGAAAUACUUUCGAAUGAAAAUAUUGAACCAUCUGAAACACAAGAACCUGUUGAAACAUCUAAUGAAUUUGGUUCGAAAUCCAAAGAACCUUCAUCUGAAAUAGUUUCUAAUGAAAAUACUGAGCCAUCUGAAACACAAGAACCUGUUGAAACAUCUAAUGAAGUCGGUUCGAAAUCCAAAGAGCCUUCAUCUGAAACAGUUUCGAAUGAAAAUAUCGAGCCAUCUGAAACACAAGAACCUGUUGAAACAUCUAAUGAAGUCGGUUCGAAAUCCAAAGAACCUUCAUCUGGAAUAGUUUCGAAUGAAAAUAUUGAGCCAUCUGAAACAGAAGAACCUGUUGAAACAUCUAAUGAAGUCGGUUCGAAAUCGAAAGAACAUUCCGCUGAAACAAUUUCGAAUGAAAAUAUUGAGCCAUCUGAAACAGAAGAACCUGUUGAGAAAUCUAAUGAAGACGGUUCGAAAUCCAAAGAACCUUCAUCUGAAACAAUUUCGAAUGAAAAUAUUGAGCCAUCUGAAACAGAAGAACCUGUUAAGAAAUCUAAUGAAGACGGUUCGAAAUCCAAAGAACCUUCAUCUGAAACAAUUUCGAAUGAAAAUAUUGAGCCAUCUGAAACAGAAGAACCUGUUGAGAAAUCUAAUGAAGUCGGUUCGAAAUCCAAAGAAACCUCAUCUGAAACAAUUUCGAAUGAAAAUAUUGAGCCAUCUGAAACAGAAGGACCUGUUGAAACAUCUAAUGAAGUCGGUUCGAAAUCCAAAAAACCGUCAUCUGAAACAAUUUCGAAUGAAAAUAUUGAGCCAUCUGAAACAAAAGAACCUGUUGAAACAUCUAAUGAAGUCGGCUCGAAAUCCAAAGAACCUUCAUCUGAAAUAGUUUCGAAUGAAAAUAUUGACCCAUCUGAAACACAAGAACCUGUUGAAACAUCUAAUGAAGUCGGUUUGAAAUCCAAAGAACCUUCAUCUGAAACUAUUUCGAAUGAAAAUAUUAACCCAUCUGAAACACAAGAACCUGUUGAAACAUCUAAUGAAGUCGGUUCGAAAUCCAAAGAACCUUCAUCUGUAACAAUUUCGAAUGUAAAUAUUGAGCCAUCUGAAACAGAAGAACCUGUUGAGAAAUCUAAUGAAGUCGGUUCGAAAUCGGAAGAACAUUCAUCUGAAAGAAUUUCAAAUGAAAAUAUUGAGCCAUCUGAAACAGAAGAACCUGUUGCGAAAUCUAAUGAAGUCGGUUCGAAAUCGAAAGAACAUUCAUCUGAAACAAUUUCGAAUGAAAAUAUUGAGCCAUCUGAAACAGAAGAACCUGUUGAGAAAUCUAAUGAAGACGGUUCGACAGCCAAAGAACCUUCAUCUGAAAUAGUUGCGAAUGAAAAUAUUGAGCCAUCUGAAACACAAGAACCUGUUGAGAAAUCUAAUGAAGUCGGUUCGAAAUCCAAAGAAGCUUCAUCUGAAAUAGUUUCGAAUGAAAAUAUUGACCCAUCUGAAACACAAGAACCUGUUGAAACAUCUAAUGAAGUCGGUUCGAAAUCCAAAGAACCUUCAUCUGAAACAAUUUCGAAUGAAAAUAUUGAGCCAUCUGAAACAGAAGAACCUGUUGAAACAUCUAAUGAAGUCGGUUCGAAAUCGAAAGAACCUUCAUCUGAAACAAUUUCGAAUGAAAAUAUUGAGCCAUCUGAAACAGAAGAACCUGUUGAAACAUCUAAUGAAGUCGGUUCGAAAUCCAAAGAACCUUCAUCUGUAACAAUUUCGAAUGAAAAUAUUGAGCCAUCUGAAACAGAAGAACCUGUUGAGAAAUCUAAUGAAGUCGGUUCGAAAUCGGAAGAACAUUCAUCUGAAAGAAUUUCAAAUGAAAAUAUUGAGCCAUCUGAAACAGAAGAACCUGUUGAGAAAUCUAAUGAAGACGGUUCGAAAGCCAAAGAACCUUCAUCUGAAAUAGUUGCGAAUGAAAAUAUUGAGCCAUCUGAAACACAAGAACCUGUUGAGAAAUCUAAUGAAGUCGGUUCGAAAUCCAAAGAAGCUUCAUCUGAAACAAUUUCGAAUGAAAAUAUUGAGCCAUCUGAAACAGAAGAACCUGUUGAGAAAUCUAAUGAAGACGGUUCGAAAUCCAAAGAACCUUCAUCUGAAACAAUUUCGAAUGAAAAUAUUGAGCCAUCUGAAACAGAAGAACCUGUUGAGAAAUCUAAUGAAGUCGGUUCGAAAUCCAAAGAACCUUCACUUGAAACAAAUUCGAAUGAAAAUAUUGAGCCAUCUGAAACACAAGAACCUGCUGAAACAUCUAAUGAAGUCGGUUCGAAAUCCAAAGAACCUUCAUUAGUAGAACAACCAACAACCAACCAAAUAUCUGAAGAAGACAGUACCAGUGGCACCGAUAGUAAUUCUUCGGAAGCAAGAGAAACAUAUGACGAGGAGUUCGUAUCAGAAUUGAGCAACCUAUUUUCGAAAAAGAUUAAUGUCACACCGUAUAACUCGUUCGUUGUAGUUGCUUCCGUUGUCGAUAGUCGUACCUCCACACAAGAGACUCUAGAAUUGAAAUUUGAUGGACAAACGACUUCCACUCGCGUGUUUACCUCACCUGGCGUUACAGCAUGUCUGUGUGAACCAAAUUAA